AUGUCCCGGUCCGCGGCAGAUGCAACCCGCUUCACAGCGACAGGUCCCUAUGCCUCCUCGAAAACGUCAAUAGUAAAUACCGGAACCUCGAAAUGGACAGGCGCAAAGUCCAGCACGUCCAAGACGGCCGGACCGUUCGCCAGUCCCGAAGGCUCCAAACAAGAGACUCCCAAGCAAAAGGUUGAGCGGCUACGUGCUGAGGCUCGGGCCGCGCGGUAUUCGAAAGCGUUUACCCCGAUGGAUCGGAUUAUGUCCAAAGGGCGGAUAUGGGCCGACCGUAUAGCUGCUGCUCUCACAAUCUACUCAGCAACAUCUUUGAUAAUCUACAAUCGCCGCCAACGACAACUGUGGAUUGAUAAGGAAUUACAAAAGCUCUUAGAUGCAAGAAAGGCAUAUGUCGCGGGUAAUCCCACGCCAGAUCAACUUCUAUUGUUGGAAAAGGAGAAACAGGCGGAGGAGGAAAAGAGACUAAAUGAAGAGCUGAAAAAGCAAACAAUGUUUUACAAAGGAAAGGCAUGGUUAUUUGGAGGAUUGAAAAAUGAAGAUAGUCCAAGUGCUGGAUUCAAAGGCGCCGACGAAAUUGCGGAUUCGAGACCGAGCGUGCUGGAAGCUGUGAAUGCCAACAGAGUCGAAAACGCUGCACCAUUCGAACGAGCGCCGAACCCUGGUGGUCAAUUGGAACCGAAAACACAUGAAGGAUCGAAUGAAUCGAAAAGAAGUUGGACGAGCUGGAUAACGGGACGAUAA